ACAGGCGUUAGGAGGGCGGCGCCGCCAGGGCUCGGCCCGAGGGGCUCCGGGAGCAGCUGACCAUGAAGCCCCACAAAAUCGUGCCAUCCUUAAAGCCGCACCCUCCUGUUGUGGGCAAAGUGACUCAUCACAGCAUCGAACUAUACUGGGAUCUGGAAAGGAAAGAGAAACGACAAGGACCUCAGGAGCAGUGGCUUAGGUUCUCCAUCGAAGAGGAAGACCCCAAGAUGCACAAUUACGGUGUCAUUUACACGGGCUAUUCGACAAAGCAUGUGGUUGAAGGUCUAGAACCAAGGACACUGUACAAAUUCCGACUGAAGGUCACCAGCCCCUCUGGAGAAUAUGAGUACAGCCCAGUCGUCUCGGUGGCUACAACCAGGGAGCCCAUAAGUAGCGAGCACUUCCACCGUGCUGUCAACGUGAAUGAUGAAGAUCUCCUGCUCCGAAUCCUGGAAGGAGGCCAUGUAAAGGUGGACGUGCCCAACAAGUUUGGCUUUACUGCCCUCAUGGUUGCUGCUCAGAAAGGCUAUACCAGGCUUGUGAAGAUCCUGGUUUCCAAUGGCACAGAUGUGAAUUUGAAGAACGGAAGUGGCAAGGACAGUCUCAUGCUUGCUUGCUACGCGGGCCACCUGGAUGUUGUGAAAUACCUCCGAAGACACGGAGCGUCUUGGGAUGCCAGAGACCUUGGAGGCUGCACGGCUCUGCACUGGGCUGCAGAUGGAGGCCACUGCCCCGUGAUUGACUGGAUGAUUAAGGACGGCUGUGAGGUAGAUGUUGUGGACACUGGCUCAGGAUGGACACCACUCAUGAGAGUCUCUGCUAUGACGGGAAACCAGAAGGUAGCUUCGCUCCUCAUUGAGGCUGGGGCUGACGUGAACGUGAAGGACAAAGAUGGAAAGACGCCUCUCAUGGUUGCCGUCUUAAAUAACCACGAACAGCUAGUUCAGUUACUUCUUGACAAAGGGGCAGAUGCAAGUGUGAAAAACGAGUUUGGCAAAGGUGUCCUAGAAAUGGCCAGAGUUUUUGACAGACAGAAUGUACUCUCCUUACUAGAAGAAAGGAAAAAAAAGCUGCCAAGGAAGUCCUCCGUCCACUAAUGGGAAGGAGCGUCACCUGUCUGCGAGACCGACAGGAGCAAAAGAGCAAACCCUGACUGCUGGGCCGGCCAUGCAAUGUGCGAGUAUCCGAGGCCGAGACGUUUAUUUAUUUAGUUGAAGAUUCACAGUGACUUUUAUGUAACAGGCAACUCUUCCCACAUUGAAAUACAUCUUUUUACCUAAGCACAUGCAUAUGUGGUCUCGUCACUGGACAUCCAUAGAACAGGGAUUUUUCUUACCCCGUGCCUUUGCAGUUAGACACGAAACCAAAUAUUUAUGCACUGGUGCUACAGAAAUGUGCACACAGGUCCUCACUCCUGUGCUUUCCCCCCACCCGCCCACACUGUCCUCAAGAUGCUCCAGGCCUACUGGCCUUCUUCUCAUGUGUUUCUUAUUAUCUCCCCCCCCCCCACUGCAGUCCAGGCUGCUGUGGCCUCCCGCAGUGGGGUGCCUAAGCACCCAGGCAUUUUCUCUUAGACUCUUGGCCUCACGUCAAA